AUGAAAAAAAAAGCCACAUAUUUGACAUUGAUUUGUUUCAUCCUUAAAAACCUUUUAGUCUUUUCAAAAGAUGCAACAAGAACCUCACUAGAAGGGAUAACGGAAUUUAGACAACAACACAGAAAAACACUUGAUGGCAGGCUAUGUGCUGCUGCUUUUCUGCACGAUGAUCAAACGUACACAAAUUGUACCAAUGCCACAUCUCCAGAUGGGACUACUGGAAGAGAAUGGUGCUAUGUCGAGGUGCAACUGCUGGGGAAAGGUUCCCGAGAUUGGGACUACUGCACCAAUGGGAUCAAUUACGACAAACUGAGACUACACGCGAAGAGGGUUUUUGAAGAGAAAUCUCUAGAAGCAGAUCGUCUGAAGGAUAGACUUUACGUUUUGAAUAGUCGUGUACAAAGCAUGUUGCAAAAAUUUGAUUCCGUUUGUGGAAAAAGGCAUGAAGUUGUAAAUUCUCGAAUUGAAAAAAUAAAUCAGUGGCUUCACAAAAGUGCAGAAUCGGUGAAAAAAAUUGAAAUAAAUUCUACAGACUUAGAUGCAACAAAAAAUAUAAUUGAUAAGGUACAAGUGGAAAUAAAAAGAGAAAGUGAUGGAUUCAAAGAAGCAGAUGAAAAUUGUGAAAAUUUAGAUGGGUAUGAAAAUGAGCCUCAUAGCGAUGGACUCAAAGUAUCUUAUUAUAAUAAUUCUCUGUUUGAGGGAUUUCCAAUUCAAACGAGAUUCGAAAAGGAAAUUAAUUUCACUUACAAUAAUAAAGGGCCUUCAGAAAAUAUUUCUCCCUAUAGAUAUUCCAUGCGUUAUGAAGGCUACAUAAUGAUUCCACAUAAUGGCACGUACACUUUUACAACAAAAACCAAUUGUUACUUCCGUUUAUUUAUAAACAAUAAAGCUAUCUUGAUUCAUGGUCUCGUGCAAUCAAAUGAAAAAGAAGACGCUACAGAUGAACAUUCGCAUGUAGUAGAACAGACAAAUAACGAAUCAUCUUCUUUUAAUUUAUCUCGAAAAAUGGCUAUUACAUAUGCUGAUUUGAAUGACGAAUCGAAUUAUGUGGUUAAGAUGUCCAAACCGAUUGAAUUGGUUGGAGGUGAUAAAUACAAAUUUGUUUUAGAAGUGUCUCAUUCAUCUCAUUUGAAAUUUGAAAGUGGUGAAUCAUCGCUGUCUGGAAACGCAGCUUCUUCUGCGUCGUUUCAACUGUUUUGGAAAUCCAGCAGAAUAGAGAAGCAGCCAAUUCAGAGUAAUUAUCUCUUCCGAGAUAAUGUGAUUCCACCUGUGAGAUUUUCUAGAUUAGAUGCAGACCUCUUUGACAUUGGAAUAGUGAACACAAAUGAGCAAAUAUUUAAGAAUGAUAAGAAUUGGGUGUUUACAAAUGUUCCUAAUAGGUAUAUAGGAUUACAUGUACUCAAAACGGAUUCAAAUCCUCUAUUUGAUCACUUUUCUGCAUCUAUAAAUACGGGUUCUAAUUUGUACAUCGCUACACCUGCUAAGGAAAUGUUCCCAUUGAACCCAUCCAAAGAUAGUAAUAUGUGGAAAGCAUACGAUACAGAUGAUAAAAUAGAAGUAACUCACAAUUUAACAAAGGAAAAGAAAUUAUAUAAACUGAAAUUUAUUCCUUUAAAAAAUAAAAUGGUUUUAAAAUUUAAUGUACUAGUUGGUAUACCAUUUAUGAUUUUUUCAGAAAAUAGAAAAAUAUUACCAACAGUGUGUAAUGGAGAUGAAGGAAUUUUAUCUAACCCACAAAACCAGGUAUUCAAAGAGUGCACAGAAUCAUCUAGUAUUUCUUCCGAAUUUAAUUGCAUUGCUGGAUUGAGUACAUAUCAUAGAGAUAAAAAAUACAAUAUCUGGAAAACAUCUAAUGGAACAAUUGGUGAAUAUAUAGAAAUUUUUUUCAAGAAACCAGUAUAUAUUAAUAAAUUUAAAUUCAAACCUGGAGAUGAUAUACUAACAUGGCCUUCCGAAAUUUUGCUUCGCUUUGAUGAUGAGGAGGAGGAGGUUGUCAUUCCUAUUUUGCACACAUCUAAUAUGGAACAGAAUACAACUCGAUUAGAAUCCCCAGUUAUAACUACAUCUGUUAAAAUUGAAAUAAGAGAUAUGUAUGAAAAUGAGAAGAAAAGUACUGGUGGUUCUUUUGAAUUAAUUGGAAAUUCAUGUAAUUUAUUGGAUGAAGAUUAUAUAAAUCAUCAUGCAUCUAUCGAAAUUACCCAAUGUAACAGUACGUUAUCUAAUGUGCCAGAUGUAAUGCCGUUAUUGAAAGGAGACAAAUUUUUAGCUAGCUGUGAUUAUCAUUGCUUAGAUAAUGUAAACGCAGAAAUGGUUUAUGGGUCCGAUUUUUAUUCUAUCGACUCAGCUAUAUGCAAAGCAUCUGUUCAUGCAGGUGUGUGCAACAUUAAGAUGAAACAAAAUUGUAAAUUUUUAAUUCUUAUAAAUGAUGGAAAAGAAAAUUAUGUAGGAAAUUUACAAAACAAUAUCAUGUCGCUAAGUAAGAGUUCCACUUCUAAUUUUUCAUUUUCCCUCUCGAGUGAGUUUAUUAAACAGAAUAAUAUUAACACAUCAUACACAGAAUCUACACCAAAUAGCUAUUCCAUAGUCUUUAAACGAAAUGAUGAUACUUAUUUUCCAAAUAAAUUUUUAGUUGAUUCAGGGAAAGUGUUUACAAAUUAUGGAAAUUUUGCAUAUGGAUGGAAGAAUCCGAUAAGCUUCUUAAGUCCUGUUAUUUCUCCUCAAUCGUUUCCCAAUGACAAAAAUACAUUUUCAUCAAAUGGAAUAUACUCUGGUGGGAUCGACUUUCCCCCUGCCUCAGCUAGCCAAAAUUGUAUUACCGAACUAGAUUGUCAAACUAACUUUUGGAAAUUUCAAACUCAUGAAAAUGGAGUCUAUUCUGUUCAAGUGCUAGUUGGAAAUAAAAGCUCGUCAAGUAAGCAGAAAGUUUUUAUUGAAGUUAAUGGAAUUCCUUUCAUAAAAAAUGUAGGACUUGAUAAGGAUGAACUUUUCGUUGCCACUAAUGAUAUCCACGUUACAAAUAGAUCCAUUGUAUUUACAUCUACUUGUCUUGGAAAUGACAAUGAUUGCUCUCAUUCAAAAGUUACCAUAAUGGCUGUCCAAAUUUUGAAGAUUUAG